AAUAGGGUCAGGGACCAACUUGAAAAACUCGAAAGCUUAGUAGGUUCGCAAACAGAUAUUGCCAUCCACCAUGUGGAACAAAGUAAAAUUACAGACGAAAGAAUGGACCGCAUGGAAAUAACGAUGUACGAGAUAAAGACAAGUCUCAAAGUAAUUAAACCAAGAAACCAACCCAGUAAGCUCGCAGUAUCUGAGUCCUCCAAUCCGGUAAUCCGUCCUGGAAAAGGGAAAGCCCCGGCAAGGCUGGACAUAUACACACCGGUUGAAAGCAAAAAUGUCAUCUCCAAACCAGAGCCUGAUUUCUUCGCUUUAACACCCGGCGAAAAAUUUGUCAAAGAAGCUUGGCCUCAAACACUUCUGGCCCAUGAGAUAAAUCACGAGGCAUAUGCCAGUAUCAAAAGUAAGGUGAUAUUAGACCGGAACUUCGCCUGGAUAAGGCCAAUUCUACUGUAUUUUCCAAGCUCGCUGAAGUUUAGUCAGCUUUCAGAAUUGCCUUAG